AUGAGCGCCUCCAAAACUACGUAUGGUUUAGAUCAUGUUUGGGGAUGUGCAGGGAGUGAUAGCAAUGGCCUGGUUGCGUCUACCACUCGGUCAUCUGACUCCGACCUUUUCUAUGGUCUCUCUGCCCUAAUUCCUGGAUUGCGCCGGUUUGACUCUGGAGCUAGGGCAGCAACAAGAGCGGAACACAAAAUCACAUUCUUGGACGGCUGCCGGUUGUAUCCCAAGGCGAUGGCGUGGUCGAUGCUCGUUUCCUCGACUCUCAUAAUGGAAGGGUUCGACACUCUGCUCAUAUUUUCUUUCUUCACACUUCCUGCCUUUAGACGACACUAUGGCGUGCCAACCAGCGACGGCAGCUAUCAAAUCCCUGCUCGCUGGCAGUUCGGCCUGUCCACGGCGGCGGAGGCAGGGGAAAUAGUUGGACUGCUCCUUAAUGGCCUGCUGGCUGAUCGCGUUGGAUAUCGCAUCACUAUAACUGCUGCUCUAGUAUUUCUCUUUCUCAGCAUCUUCUUACCCUUCUUCGCGCUCAAUCUGCAGAUGUUGCUUGCAGGAGAGAUCUUGUGCGGCAUCCCGUGGGGCGUCUUCCAGACACUGUCUAUAAAUUACGCCGCCGAAGUGAUGCCAGUGGCCCUCCGCGCAUACCUUCUUAGUAACAUCAAUUUAUGCUGGGUACUGGGAGAGCUCCUCGCAACGGGCAUAACUCGUGCUUUUGCUGACGACGAGUCCAUAUCGUCCUUUCGCAUUCCAUUUGCGCUGCAGUGGGCGAUCGGCGUACCCAUUCUGGUUGGCGUGGUUCUGGCUCCAGACUCACCAUGGUGGUUGAUUCGGCACGACCGACAGGAGGAGGCCAGAAAGUCUUUGUUACGGCUCACGCGGAGAGGCACAGUCAACGUGGAUGAGACGGCCGCCAUGUUGACGCACACCAACGAAGUAGAAAAGCAUCUGACUGGUGGCGGCGCCAUCUCAUACCUGGACUGCUUCAAACGGGCCGAUCUUCGACGAACAGAGAUUACGUGCUUGGUCUGGGUCACUCAACAAGUUUGUGGCACCAGCCUGAUGGGCUGGGCGGCAUACUUUUACGAGCAGGCCGGUUUCAGCACCAACAAGGCUUUGAGUUUAUCAGUCGGGACUUAUGGCCUGGCAAUUGUUGGUUGUGUAAUCUCUUGGUUUCUAAUGCCCCGUGUGGGCCGCCGCACACUUUACCUUUCUGGCCUUUUUGCGCUGUUUAUCACUCUCCUGGCUGCGGGGAGUGUAGGCGCAGCUUCCACAUCUCGAAGCCAGUUGUGGACUCUUGGCUCUCUUCUCUUACUCCUGACCUUCAUAUAUGACAUGACCAUCGGGCCAAUAUGCUAUGUGCUGGUUGCGGAGAUUCCUUCUACCCGGCUCCGUGUGAAGACCGUCGUUCUUGCCCGCGUGGCGUACAACUUGGCCGGCGUCCUCGUCAACUGGAUGACGCCCAAUAUGUUGAAUCCGGAUGCCUGGAAUUGGAAGGGCAAGUCCUGUUUCUUUUUUGCGGGGACCACCUUUCUGUGUUUUGUUUGGUGCUACUUGAGACUUCCGGAAACCUUUGGCUUGAGCUAUCUCGAGAUUGACAUUCUGUUCGAGAGGAAAGCGAAAACCAGCAAGUUCAGAGAGCUUCAGAACAACCUGCAAAAUCGUGGCUAUUUUGGCAUCGAGAGGGAUGAGUGUCCUUUUCGUGGAUACUGA